AUGGACGCUGACCCCAAGCGCUGGCGCGUUGCUGCUGACGUUGUCUGUGACGUGGGGGCUUUCCUCGAGUGCCUCUCGCCCCUCAUGCCGCACCGCUUCCUGCUGCUCGCUGGCCUUGCCAACGCGGGGAAGGGCCUCUCACUGGUGAUAGCUCGCGCCACUCGCCUGCCGCUGUACGAUGCAUUCGCAAAGGAGGGCAACAUCAGCGACCUGUACGCAAAGGGAGAGGCCAUCAGCGUCCUCUCCUCCCUCGCUGGCCUUGCCCUCGGCCUCAAACUCGCCUCCUCUGUCUGCCAGACAGCCCAAGCUAAGCUAAUAUCUCUCCUUCUUUAUCCCAUCUCUCUAUCACCUCGUCUCACCAUGCCCCACCGAGCCUCGUCUCUGCAGCUGGCAGCGGUGCCAGUGCUGGCGGCGGUGCAUCUGUGGUCCGUGACAGAGGAGAUGAGGGCCGUACCUAUCAACACUCUCAACGCCCAGCGCACCAACGUGCUCAUCAACCACUUCCUCUCCGUGAGUCGCUUCUCAGUGCACUUGUUCAACACCCUGUUCAUUCCGUAA